UUCAGGGCAAGAACGCGCAGGUCCUCCGCGGUCACUGCUGGCCACUGCGAGUCGAACGUAGACGCGAGCGGACGCGGACGACGUCGUGACACACACACACACACACGUCCCGUUCGUUUGCAGCAACGUGUACGUCACGAAGAUUUAAACGAAGAACGACGGAGUCGUGAGACAAGAGAGGACACAGAGGUGUAUUGCAAAACAAGACGAAGGACUGAAGUCUCGCGCGUGCGAGAGACUCGGAACAAUCGAUCGUAGGCGUCGGACCGCCGCGCCGGGGAAGUCGGGGCAACCGAGUGGCGUCGCGACGCACGGCGUGCAACGCUCGGCGCUCACCGCUUCCGUGGAACGUGUGCCGUCGCCUCGGUGCCUGAGCCAGUAUGGCCGUAGGACCUCAGCUGUUUUCACGUCACUGCCUACGUAUCUGAGAGACAAGCAAAAGAGGAAGCUAUCCCCAGCACCGCCGCCGGUUUGAUCCGACGUUGAAUUAAAAAAAGAAGAAAAAAGAUAGGAAAAAUGUCGUCGGUUAAGGUGGCGGUGAGGGUACGGCCCUUCAACUAUCGUGAGAUCAGUCGUCAGGCACAAUGUAUCAUAGAAAUGACGGGGAGUACUACUUCCAUAGUGAAUCCAAAAGCUACACCAGGAAGCAAAGAAGCGGUCAAGAGCUUCAAUUAUGAUUAUUCCUACUUUUCUAUGGACCCAAAUGACGAGAAUUACUCAACUCAGCUCAUGGUUUAUAAAGAUAUCGGCGAAGAAAUGUUGGAACAUGCUUUUGAAGGCUAUAACGUUUGCAUUUUUGCAUACGGUCAAACUGGCGCCGGUAAAUCUUACACCAUGAUGGGCAAGCAAGAAGAAGGGCAGGAAGGAAUAAUACCACAAAUUUGCAAGGAUUUGUUUAGGAAAAUCAGUUACACAUCUAAUGAGCGAUUGAAGUACUCGGUAGAAGUGAGUUACAUGGAAAUCUAUUGCGAGAGAGUGCGCGAUUUGUUAAAUCCGAAAAAUAGGGGAAAUCUUCGAGUAAGGGAACACCCUCUUUACGGACCUUACGUCGAAGAUCUUUCCAAGUUAGCUGUAUUAUCAUAUGAAGACAUUCACGAUCUCAUAGACGAAGGCAACAAGGCUAGGACUGUCGCAGCAACCAACAUGAAUGAAACAUCUAGUAGAUCACACGCAGUUUUCACGAUAUUCUUUACACAACAACAACAGGAUAGUAUUACUGGUUUAAUGACGGAAAAAGUUAGUAAAAUAUCGCUGGUCGAUUUAGCCGGAUCCGAGAGAGCUGAUUCAACGGGUGCGAAAGGAACACGAUUGAAAGAAGGAGCCAACAUUAACAAGAGUUUGACGACUCUCGGAAAGGUUAUCAGUGCCCUUGCUGAAAUUGCGGCAACAAAAAAGAAGAAGAAAGCCGAUUUUAUACCAUACAGAGACUCUGUUUUAACAUGGUUGUUGCGGGAGAACUUGGGCGGAAAUUCAAAAACUGCUAUGAUUGCAGCAGUUAGUCCUGCCGACAUUAAUUACGAUGAAACGCUUUCAACUUUACGGUACGCGGACAGAGCGAAACAAAUUGUCUGCAAAGCCGUGGUCAACGAAGACGCGAAUGCGAGACUUAUCAGAGAACUCAAGGAAGAGAUACAGAAAUUGCGGGAACUUCUAAAACAGGAGGGUAUCGACGUACAAGAAGGGCCAGAUGGCAAAGUUACAUACGAAAAGAAAGAACCUAGAGAUGAAAUUAUCAGAACGAACAAGCGAAACGAAGAAGACACUAAAGAAACUCGAUCAAGAAUUUCUUCACAUACUACAUCCACCAUUGCCGAAGAGGCGGUUGAACAAUUACAAGCGUCUGAAAAAUUAAUCGCAGAACUGAACGAAACAUGGGAAGAGAAGCUGAAGCGAACCGAAUCGAUUCGCUUACAACGCGAGGCAGUAUUCGCCGAAAUGGGAGUCGCUGUGAAAGAGGAUGGCGUCACAGUAGGCGUCUUCUCUCCUAAGAAGACACCGCACUUGGUGAAUUUAAACGAGGAUCCUCUCAUGUCAGAAUGUUUGAUAUAUUACAUCAAGGACGGAUUCACACGUAUUGGUAGUGCCGAGGCGCACGUACCUCAGGAUAUCCAGCUGUGUGGUCCACACAUACUUAGGGAGCACUGCGUUUUCGAGAAUCACGAGGGGAUUAUAACUCUUAUACCAAAGAACGGAGCUUUGAUUUAUGUCAACGGUCGCGAAGUAACCGAGCCACUUAUCUUAACGACUGGCUCACGUGUUAUCUUGGGAAAAAGCCAUGUUUUCCGAUUUAAUCAUCCAGACCAAGUACGUGAACGGAUAGCGAACGGAUCGCCGGCAGAAACUCCCGGAAAUAACGAACCAUUAGCGGACUGGAAUUUUGCACAGGUCGAGCUAUUAGAAAAACAGGGAAUCGAUUUAAAGGCUGAAAUGGAAAAGAGAUUACUUGUACUGGAGGAACAGUUCCGUAAAGAGAAGGAGGAAGCUGAUCAAUUGUUUGAAGAGCAGCGAAAGAGCUACGAAGCACGAAUAGAUGCAUUACAGCGACAAGUGGAAGAACAAAGUAUGACAAUGUCUAUGUAUAGCAGUUACACGCCAGAAGAUUUCAACAACAUCGAGGAAGAUAUUUUCGUCAACCCAUUGUUUGACGCAGAGAGCAACUGGACUGAGAGAGAGUUUCAACUGGCCGCUUGGGCCUUCCGCAAGUGGAAAUAUCAUCAAUUCACAAGUUUACGGGACGAUCUUUGGGGCAACGCGAUAUUCCUUAAAGAGGCUAAUGCUAUAUCUGUUGAACUAAAAAAGAAGGUUCAAUUCCAAUUUACCUUACUUACGGACACUCUUUAUUCGCCUCUACCUUCGGAUCUCUUGCCCGUUAUGGAUGAAGAAGAGGAGGAUGAAAGACCAUUCCCACGCACGAUUGUUGCCGUAGAAGUUCAAGAUAUGAAAAAUGGUGCCACGCAUUACUGGACCUUGGACAAGCUAAGGCAAAGGCUAGAACUGAUGCGCGAGAUGUAUCAUAACGAGGCCGAGCUCUCCCCGACGUCUCCAGACUUCAAUAUCGAAUCUAUCACGGGAGGCGAUCCAUUUUAUGACCGAUUUCCGUGGUUCCGCAUGGUCGGCAGAGCUUUCGUAUAUCUGAGUAAUCUCAUGUACCCGGUGCCAUUGAUCCACAAAGUGGCUAUCGUGAACGAGAAGGGUGAUGUUAAGGGUUACUUGCGAGUCGCUGUACAAGCCGUAGUUGAAGAGGAAAACAGUGAAUACUCAAGUGGCGUCAGACAAUCAGCUCGAAUCUCCUUCGAGGACGACUUGUUCGGCGGGCAUAAACAUAAUAAACGCAACUCGCUACUGGCUCCGACUCUAGAGAAAAAUCGACAGAUUAUGCUGCACGAAGAGCGCGUAGUCGAAGGACAUAACGAGAUUAAUCCGAAGGAUAUGAAAGACGAGGACGAUAUAGGAGAUGCCGACAGCGGCAGAGGUGAUAGCUCAGUUUCGAGUGAUAUGAAGGAGGAAGAAUUGCCGGAUCACUUGCAACCCGGUGCAGAAUUCACUUUCAGGGUAACGGUCCUACAAGCUAUGGGUAUUUCCACGGAGUACGCUGACAUUUUCUGUCAGUUCAACUUUCUACAUCGACACGAUGAAGCUUUCUCGACAGAGCCGGUAAAGAACACGGGCAAGGGUAAUCCACCUGGAUUUUAUCACGUACAGAACAUUACAGUCACGGUUACGAAAUCCUUCUUGGAAUAUCUGAAGACUCAACCUAUUGUCUUCGAAGUAUUUGGCCAUUAUCAGCAACAUCCGUUGCACAAAGAUGCGAAACUGGAAUACAGUGUACGACAACCACCGAAGAGGAUGCUACCACCAUCCAUACCGAUCAGUCAGCCAGUUCGUUCGCCGAAAUUUGGGAGUGUUCUGCCGUCUCCCAGUACAUCGCAUGUACACGCUAAAUACGAUGUAUUGGUGUGGUUUGAGAUCUGCGAAUUGGCACCGAACGGCGAAUACGUGCCAUCGGUAGUGGACCAUAGCGACGAUCUACCAUGCCGUGGACUGUUCCUACUCCAUCAGGGCAUACAGCGACGUAUACGAAUCACCAUUGUGCACGAACCGGCUUCCGAAUUGAGAUGGAAAGACGUACGCGAACUUGUAGUUGGCCGUAUACGAAACACCCCGGAACCUGAGGAAGAGGAUAAUGACUCGUCUGUGCUUUCACUGGGCUUGUUCCCUGGCGAGUAUCUCGAAAUUCCUGGAGACGAUCGGACUAUGUUCAGAUUCGAAGCAGCUUGGGACAGCUCUCUGCACAACUCGGCUCUGCUCAAUCGAGUCACAUCCUACGGAGAACAAAUCUUUAUGACUAUCUCCGCGUAUCUUGAGCUGGAUAAUUGUGGAAGACCUGCGAUUAUUACGAAAGAUUUGAGCAUGAUCAUCUAUGGGAGGGACGCGAGAGUAGGGCCACGCUCACUCAAGCACCUAUUUAGCGGCAGCUAUCGCAACCAAGAAGCGAAUCGACUCAGCGGCGUCUACGAAUUAGUGUUACGUCGUUCUUCGGAAGCAGGUAGCCCAGGAGUUCAAAGACGUCAACGUCGCGUCUUGGACACGAGCUCCACAUACGUUCGGGGCGAAGAGAAUCUUCACGGAUGGAGACCGCGUGGAGAUAGUCUCAUAUUCGAUCAUCAGUGGGAACUCGAGAAGUUGACGAGGCUGGAGGAAGUAGAGAGAGUGCGACAUACAUUGUUGUUGCGAGAGAAGCUCGGCAUUGACAAAGUACCAUUUUGCAAUAAGCCUCUGCACGAUUUUACGAAGAGCGAAAAGGACGUGUGUAAUAUGGUGGCAAAGGCCACAAACGAGCCACAUGCCAGCCCGGUAAAACUAAAACGUUCGACGAGUAAAGACGUUUACGAACCCUGGGAAAUGACCGAAAGAGAACGUGAAUUGACAACUAAGUACAUUAAACUCAUCCAAGGAAGAAUUCCAAGCAAGGAACCGAUAUUAUUAUCCGAUGUUUCGCCCGGAGAAGACACUAUAACCGAUUUAUCCGCGUCUAUGAUGUCCUCGGUUAUAUCGUCUUCAUCUCAAGAGUUGAGUUCGCCGGAAAGGGCUAGACUGCAAGAACUUCAGGAGAGCAUAUUGGCGAGCGAGUCGGCUAAUCAGACUUGCACUGUCGCGCCGCCACCGCUUGGAUCAUCCUCACCGUCGAAGGAAAACCUGGUAUUGUACGUGCCAGAGGUGGAAGAAAUACGCAUAAGUCCGGUAAUCGCACGGAAAGGUUACCUGAACGUUCUCGAGCACAAAACCAAUGGCUGGAAAAAACGCUGGGUGGCUGUUCGUCGACCGUAUGUUCUCAUUUUCCGAGAGGAGAAAGAUCCCGUCGAAAGGGCAUUAAUUAAUUUGGCUACGGCUCAAGUUGAAUACUCCGAAGAUCAGCUGGCUAUGGUGAAAGUACCGAAUACUUUCAGUGUCGUCACCAAGCACAGAGGAUAUUUGCUGCAGACUUUAGGUGAUAAGGAGGUCUACGACUGGCUGUAUGCGAUUAAUCCUCUUCUAGCUGGUCAAAUUAGGUCGAAACUUGCCCGUAAAGGUCCAGCUCCGAAUUUAAGCAAUGGUGCGCCAAUUGGUAUGACACCACAACUGGAGCAGCAGAACAAUCAGACCAAGUGAGUGGUUGACACUAUGGCCGGGGUAACGAGUGCAAUAGCAAAGGCGUCGGAGAAAAUGCUGUGUUGGUCACACUCGGCCUUAGAGUCCCAAGACUUCUGCAACUUUCGAUUCCCGCUACUUUUUGAUUGACAAAGCGGAGGCGAAGCUGUCCCUUGAGACUAUCGGCAGCAUAUUAAUAUCGACGUUUUAAUUUACACAGCGUCCCUUUAGCACGUUACAAGGCAGUCAGAGUGAGGAAAAAAGGAGAAAAGAGAAGGAAUAUGGUGCUCGUCUUUCGAAGAAGUUACAAAUGUACGUACAAAUGCAUUCAGUUACACACUGUGUUGGAAAAAAAAUGUUCGUUUUUCAGUCUCUCCGUACAUUUCGAAUUUUUAUUCGAAAUGCUCUCCACGUCGACGAGACGAGAUCGCGCGCGAAUCGUUUUUUUUAUUUCCGUAACGCAUAUAUUAACAUAUACGCGAUACUUCUUAUGUACACGACGUAUGAGGAAGAUAAAAAUGCAUUUAUGCCUAAUAAAUAAACAUAUUCCUAAGACGAUCACUGAAAAUGUGUAGAAGAGAAAGUGAGAAAGAGAGGGAGAGAAAGAAAACAAUACGAAAAGAGAGAAAGAAAGAGAGAAAACAAAAUAAACGAGAGAUAAAAAGAUAUUAAUAAUUUCACACACAUACGUAAGCUUAACGAUCACAUAGUACGCGAAAAAUUAUAACGGUGAAAAAAAGAGACCAUUAACAUUUUGUAAACUGGUUCAAAUAAAUUGAUAAGAUUCGUUUAAGAUAGUUCUCUAUCUAAGGCCCGAUUGCACCAACGUGAUUUCGAUUUUAAGCGAGACUUAAACUGUCUCUCUUUCGGCUUUAAUACGAGAUAGAUAGAGUUUUAAGUAUCGCUUAAAAUCAAGUAAUGUUGAUGCAACUGGGCCUAAGCAUUUUAGCAUCGUAACGAUUGUUUAAAAGAAUAAAAAUAAUUUUUUAUAAAGAUUACAUUUUUAUUUCGUUCAAUAAUCGUUUUCUUUCACUCGAUCAAGCAAAUUAAAUACAUACACCGAUACUGGUUAUCCGAUUUACGUAUGAAAGAUCGGAUAUAUUGCUGUACACGCAAUCGAUCGGCCGUCGCUCGAUGAAGAUUUUAUUUUCUUAAGUAAAAACUAAAAAGCAACGAAGUGAAAGGGAGAGAGAGAGAAUCGUUACUUCUUGAAGCAUAAAACUCGUAGAAUUCUUUAUUUUCAUGUAAUUCUAAAUAUUUAUUCGUACCGAAACAUUAUUCCCC